CCGCCUAUGCCAUCCAAUCAAAAUUGUUAAUAUACGGAGAGGGUAACCGGCUAGUUGUUUUUGGAAAUAUUCAAGCAAUCAUGGCAUCAAAGAAGAAAGUAUGCGUCGUAGGAUCAGGAAAUUGGGGUUCAGCAAUUGCCAAAAUAGUAGGAAACAAUGUUUUGGCCAUGCCAGACAAGUUUGACACCGAGGUUCGUAUGUGGGUAUUUGAGGAAACAGUGGAUGGCCGAAAGCUGACAGAAAUUAUAAACAAAGACCAUGUCAAUGUUAAAUACCUUCCCGGAAUUCAACUCCCAAACAGUGUGGUAGCUAUACCAGAUGUUAAGGAGUCUGCUGAGAAUGCAGAUAUUCUGAUUUUUGUGUUGCCACAUCAGUUUGUACGCGGUGUCUGUAAACAGCUGGAGGGCAGAGUCAAGAAAAGCGCUAUUGCUGUCUCACUCAUAAAGGGCUUUGAUGUAGCAGAGGGUGGUGGAAUACUUCUGAUAUCAGACGUUAUACGCGAUAUAUUGAAGAUUCCAUGUGCAGCUUUAAUGGGUGCUAAUAUUGCUAAUGAAGUAGCCAAAGAAAACUACUGUGAAGCCACAAUAGGUAUUAAAGUCCAGGAGCAUGGGCCACUUCUUAAAGACAUGUUCCAGACUGAUUACUUUAGAAUUGUUGUUUGUGAUGAUGAAACAACAGUUGAAGUUUGUGGUGCUCUCAAGAAUAUCGUGGCAGUGGGUGCUGGUUUUGCGGAUGGACUGGGCUAUGGAGACAAUACUAAGGCUGCUGUGAUCCGAUUAGGGCUAAUGGAAAUGAUCAAAUUCUGCGAAGUCUUCUAUCCAGAAUCCAAUCAGUCCACAUUUCUGGAGAGUUGUGGGGUAGCUGACUUAGUCACCACCUGUUAUGGAGGCCGAAACAGAAAAGUAGCCGAAGCCUAUGUGAAAACUGGAAAGUCGAUAGAGAUGCUAGAAGCCGAGAUGCUGAAUGGUCAGAAACUACAGGGACCCCCCACAGCGUACGAGGUCAACUACAUGCUCAAAAGUAAAAACAUGGAGGAUAGGUUUCCACUGUUCACGGCCAUACACAAUAUAUGUAAAGGAAAGUUGGAAGUUCAAAAGUUCAUGGACUGUCUAAAGAACCACCCAGAACACAUGUAAGCUACACCUUUCUCAGGACAACAUCCAAGGGCAAUACAUAGAAUUAAAAUCCAUGCUUUUUAGCAUCGAACAUCAUUUCACAAUAUUAUUGUCUCUCUGUUCUUUUUAUACACGACAUUGUUUAUUUAGCUAUAUUUUAUUCGAGUAUGUUUUUUUAGGAGUUGAAUAAUAGACAAAUCAUUUUAUUUUACUAGAUUACACAGUGUAGUUGUAGAUAUCUGUUUUUAACAUGAUAGACUGAGAAUCGGUGUAGUUAUAUAUAUUUAUACUGUUUUCUGUUGGUUGAAUAACGAAUGUUUCUCUGCGACAUUCAGCAUUAGACAUGAUCGAAUCGUUGGAAUAUCUUGCUGUAAAAGUGGAUAUUUACACUGGGGGUUAAGUUCACAUUUUUCCACGUCCAACGUGUGGGGGGAAAAUGUGUGGUAACUGAAUUUAAUAUAUACAUGUAUUAUAUCAAAUAUUGAUAACGAUACAUGUGGGGGAAAUUUGCGCACUUAUUACGUGACCGUGUAAUUAGUGUAAAUUUCCCUCACACUUAGAUAACCACUUUUACAGUGCAUAAUGCUCUAGGUAGUAUAUGGGUUUAUGAUAUAUUGUUGACAAUCCAAUAUUAGGUACAGACAGCCAUGUUGUAACAUCUGUUUUUUAUUUAUAUAAAAGAGAUCAUAGAUUUGUGACAUUGCCUCAUUCAGAGAAAAAUUAUUGUUAUAGUCAUCAUUUAAUGCAAAUUGUGUAUUCUCAUGGGGCUCUUUACCUUCACCAGGAUUUUAAUUAACACUGAAAAUCUGAAAUAUUGCUGGGUAUUUGUUAUUGAAUUGUUAUGAAUGUGGAAAUGUACUUUUAUUGCCACUUGUUUACAUCAUUUUGAUGUCAAUGUCUCAUGUGUUCACUACAACAUCUCGGAGAUAUGAAAAAGGUUAUAAAAGUGUAUUGUACAAAAAAAAAUGUACAGGUAUAAAUGUACACUUUGUAUUUACUGGAUAGAUUUGAAAUGCACACACAAUCAUUGUGCAUUAAUGUUUUAGAAAACACAAAUUUGCAUGAAUAUUCCCACCCCUUCCACUUUAUUCUGCAUGUUCUAUUAAUGACUAACAAUGAGGAAUUUCUUUGAAAGAUUAGCAUAGAUCAUAUUGAUGUUGUUAAAUAUAUAAAGAUGAAGCAAAUAUUUAUUUGAUGAUAGCAAAAAUUUAUGUUUUUAAUGUGAUGGUUGAUGAAUUUCAGGGAUAUUCAGAGUAAUGAUAUGCAUGUGUACUUUUAGGUCACCGAAUCCUCACCUGUAGAUUUGUUGCACACUGCGCUGUUUAUCCUGCAAGCUUCUGGAAACGACUUAGGCAUUUUAAUUUCUUCAUAGUGCAUAAUUCAUUUUCACACAGAAAUAUACAAUGAAAUGAGCUUUGUGGUACGUUUUAUUUUAGCUUACAUCUUUAUUUUAGUUUUGUCUCCUUUAGAUGUAUGGUAGUUGGUCAAAGCUACAUGUAAAUGCAUGCCGGGUUUCAUUUAUCAAUGAUAUACCCGUAACUAACGCCUUGCAUGCUCUAAUUUCACUUUGGCUUAAUUAUUUAAUGUAUGCAGUAUUACACAAAUUCUAAUUACUUGUAUAUAUAGAUUCUACACAGAAACAGGCACAAUGAUUACAUCCAGACCAGGCCAAGUGUUAAACAUCAUAUAAUAUAUAACAAAGCAUCAUGACCCACAUCUGUUGAACAAAUGUUUAUAUAAAUCCCAUGGCAGUUUGCUGUACCAAGAGGAAUUUUAAGUUUAGUCUGUAUUGAAGUUUAUUUUUUAUUAAAAGAUGUUGCAUAUUCAUAUUAAAGGGUUUUUUGAUAUUUAAAUGCCUCUCAAGUUGUAUAAAUAACACAAUAUGUUGCAGCAAUGCAUGUACUUAUCUUUUUUUAAGCAGAUAUUACAUGAAAGCUUUGUCACAAUGAUACAUUGGUUGAUAGUCUUAGAAUUAUUUAACUUUGAUUGUAAUUUUAAUUUAUAAAUUGUGGGGCAUAAUAAAUGUUUUAGAAUA